AUGGUAAUGCGCUCCCAGAGGCUUCUCGACAUCCCAAAGCACAACAUCGCAAAGCUGGAUGCCAGGCCCGAACGGAAAGGGGAACAAGAGAGGCCCAAGAAGAGACAGGAGUUGCAAGGCGAGACAUUCGAGUCUCACUCAGGCUGCCCAGCUUCAGCUGCUGCCAUGCGUCCACUGCCAUCAUUCUCCUUGUCUCUUCAGCGCUUCACCGACCGCCGCCCGCAUUUGGAGAAGGCCAGGACCAAGACCAGGACCAAGAGGGAACCCCCGGACCAGCACCACCAAACUUCGCCAGCCUCUUUGCGCCGUGUACGAAUUGUUGGAAUAAGCCGAAUCAUGGACGAGCUGCGCUUCCGAUCUCAACAGUCGCCCCGUAACGAGUCCACGAUGAACACACUUGUCUCACCUCCGCGGAACGUCCGCCUCCCGCAGCCUGUUCAGGCCCACGAUGGGCGAGGUGCCCUGCCUCGCCGCUUCACCACGGAUUCGGGGCGUGUACCAACAUUGUCUUCAAUCACCGGUCAGCGCGGCCCUGACCUUGGUGGCCCUGAUUAUAACAACAUUGAGAAGAAGAAGAUCGAAUAUGAGAGACUGCGCGAGCAGAGACGUCGCUUCGAGAUGGAGAUGCAGAAGCUGGAGCAGGCCCAGCGUCGCGAGGAGAUGGAGCUUGCAAAGAUGCAAGACGACCUCCGCCAGGGUCACCAAUCGGAGCCUACGACGCCGCCCGAAUACCAUGAAUCGUCCGGCUUCCCCACGAUGUUCUCGCGCCCCAACCGCUACUCGACUUCGAGCUUGACCUCGCCUCCCGGUCUCUUCAACCGUCCCGGCCGCUCGGGCUCGCAGCUCACUUCGCCGCACUCCACGGUGAUGCAGUCCCGCUUCACCUUUGACGACCAUUUGCCAUCCCGAUCCGUGCCGGGAUCUCGCAGAAACAGCGACGAGGACGAAAAGGAGGAGGCAGUUCGCCAAGAUCCGACUAGUCAUCGAUCUUCCAACGCGUAA